CGACAUAAGUGACGUGCUAGGUGGACUUUGGACUGUAUUGACACGAUUGAGGAAUUCCAUACAACAUAUUGAAGCAAAAUGUUUCAUUACCUAAACACCUCAUGUCCCUAUGCUAAUUGGAUGCAGACUGCUACCAAGUUAUGUGCCGACUCCAAUAGAUAUCACUGUCUAAACAAUGAAAUAGGUCAAUCUGGAUGGAUUUGUGUGGAUUACAUAUUGGUGGAACGUGGUAGGUGCCUAGAAUUCAAUUCAGUCGCAAAAAAGUUGGAUACGAUUCCAUGUGUCGGCAAACAUUGUCCAGAUACAUUUUAUAAGUCCAACGAUCUUCAUUUAUAUUUGGGUUGCAGGAGAGAGAGAGAUGAGAAGACAACAUCCACAAAUUCCUUGGGUCUCACAACAGAAGUCAGUGCUUUGGGUGCCUCUGAAGUUAUUGGUAUUACAGUUGGUGUUAUCAUUGCGAUAGCUAUUAGCAUCAUUGCUGUUGCAGUCCUGUGUUUUAUUUCAAGGAUGAGACAACAGAACAAAAACUCCAAGAACCCAGAAGAAGAAAUAGCAAUGCUGGCUACACCUGAACCAGAUGAUGAAAGGUCAUUUUCUCGAGCACAAAGAGCUCUUCGUACAGAAAGAUUUGUCGUCAUAACGGGAAUACAGGGAGCUGGAAAAACAUUUAUAGCUAAGAGACUUUGCAAUGAAUUGUUCAAAGAGGAAAAAUAUGUUUGGAUAACCGAUCCGAAUGCUUUCACUGUACUUUCAAAUUUUGAAAGCCCAUUUGUUCUUGAUGAUUUAUUCCAUGAACUUCAGCCAGAAGAUACAGUUAGAGAAAUAAGAGAAAAGAUUGAUUCUUUGUAUGAAAAUGUUGUGGCAAAACAGAAAUAUUAA